UUUCGCCGCCUUUAGAAAUCUCUCCUAAAUUUCUCGAGGAUCAAAAGAUUAAUAAAGCGCCGCUGAGAGAUCCUUGGAGAGAGAGAGAGAGAGAGAAAGAGAUCAAAGAUGGGACACGCUAACGUUUGGAACUCGCACCCCAAGAACUACGGCCCUGGAUCUCGCGCUUGCCGAGUUUGUGGCAACCCUCAUGCAAUCAUCCGCAAGUAUGGGCUUAUGUGCUGCAGACAGUGCUUCCGCAGCAACGCCAAGGAGAUUGGGUUCAUUAAGUACCGCUGAAUGAUGUUUCUCGUCAUGAGCGCGCUGUGUUCCAUGUUGGUCUAUGGAGGACACGGCUUGGCGUAGAAGUGAAGGGUUUUCCUAGUAUUAUUGUUUUUGUGGUGCUGGUCUUGUCUUUUUAUUGAACCUCCUUCCCCUCAAAUUAAAAACUUGUCACGUGCUUUUGACUUUUUUAAGUUUGUUAUUUCUGGAAGAUGACUGAACUGAAUAUAUGCUAGGGUUUUAGAAUUCA